AUGUUGCGACCGGCUCAGGUACCUGCUCCUGAAUCUCACCGUGUUUGGCUCACCAAAAUUGUAUCGAGGUCCACUGGCAUCAUACCCAUGGACGAUCGGCCAGGUACGAUGCAGUGCGCUUGGAUUUGCCAGCACAAUGACUCCGUCCCCACUGGCAUCGAGCGACCGACAAAUCAGGCUCGCAUGCGCUACUACGUAAGGUACGUACACCGUCGCGCCCGUGGCUCCAGCUGCCAGACCCAAUGGUACUGA